AUGAGUGAGGCUAGGUCUAACAGUGCCCCAGUGGUGGACAAUGGUCUGACCGAAAAAACAGCGACUUCAAAGACUCAAAUUGAACCAAAACCGACCGAGAAGAACGUUUCGGACGUAGAGGUUAUCGAUGGAGCCAAGAAGAAGAACAAGAAAAAGAAGAAAAAGACCAACAACAUCAAGAAUAUCGAGCUUCUGUAUCCAGAUUUGAAAUUUCCAGAAGGUGAAUGGAUGGACUACCAUCAGGACCAAAAUCUACAAAGAACUACCGAUGAGGAAAAACGGUAUUUGGCUAGGGACCAAGAUCAUGCCGAAAGAUGGAACGACAUGCGUAAGGGAUCGGAAAUCCAUCGUCGUGUGCGUAAAAACUUGCAGAACAAAUUGAAGCCCGAUAUGAGUUUAACAGAUGUGGUCAACGUGGUUGAAAACGCAACUCGCAAAUUCACCGGAGUGGACGAAAACGGUGACCACAAGGAUCGUCCCAAAUCGCAAGGAAUUGGGUUCCCUACAGGUGUAUCUUUAAACCAUUGUGCAGCGCAUUUCACGCCUAAUGCUGGCGAUCAGACAAUCUUGAGAUACGAAGACGUGAUGAAAGUCGAUAUCGGAGUUCAGGUCAACGGGUAUAUCGUGGAUUCCGCGUUCACGGUAACUUUUGACUCGAAAUACGACAAUUUGUUGACUGCUGUCAAGGAGGCAACAAACACAGGUGUGCGUGAAUCUGGUAUUGAUGUCAGACUCACCGACAUUGGCGAAGCUAUCCAGGAAGUUAUGGAAUCGUACGAAGUGGAGCUUAACGGCAAAACAUACCAAGUCAAGCCCUGCAGGAAUCUGUGUGGCCACAAUAUCGGCCCUUACAAGAUCCACGGGGGGAAAUCCGUGCCGCUGGUGAAAAAUGGGGAUCAGACCAAGAUGGAAGAGGGCGAGCAUUUUGCGAUCGAGACUUUUGGAACCACGGGACGCGGGUACGUGAUAUCAGGGGGCGAGGUUUCGCAUUACGCCAAAAACGAGGGUUCUUUUCCCACGCCUGCGUUGUCGAAGGCCAAAUCUUUGCUCAAGACCAUCGACGACAAUUUCGGCACUUUGCCCUGGUGUCGUCGCUAUUUGGACCGUUUGGGAGAAGAAAAAUAUUUGUUUGCGCUUAACAGUCUGGUCAAGCACGGAGUGGUUGAAGAAUAUCCCCCUUUAAGCGACAUUCAGGGCUCAUACACAGCACAAUACGAACACACAAUCUUACUGCAUCCACAUAAGAAAGAAGUUGUGUCCAGAGGCGAGGAUUACUGA